GUUAAAGAUAGCGGCGAUGCACUAGAAUCCGCCACGUGGCGACUGGAAAAGCUGCGACAGACCGAGAGGGCCAUAUAAAAGCUUCACAGAAGCCUAACGCCACACCAUUAGUCGUCCUCAGUAUCUCCUCAACGGAGCCCACCAUGCCUGGACGGGGGAGGUGGUAUGUCUGGAACUGUUGUCCUCGACUGCCAAAGCACGGCCCCGACAGCUUACACAGUUGGCUUGUGGCCGGUGCGUGUGCAAUGUCAUCGUUCUUCGCACUCGCUGGCUGGCGUUCUCUGGGAUUCCUGUUCGUCUCUAUACAAGAGACAUUCCAGGUCAACAGGACCGAAGGCUCGUGGCCAAUAGUAGUGCUAAGUGCUCUAGGUUACCUAAUAGGCAUCAUUACAGGACCACUGGCUCACAGUUUCUACGCUCGUCCUGUGAUCAUUGCGGGAGCUGCUAUUUCAAGCAUUGGCUUAAUGUUGAGUUUUUUUGCCACAAGUAUUGGUUUCCUGACAUUUUCCCUGGGUGCAAUACACGCCAUUGGAACGGGCAUGGUGUUCAUAGUAGCUCCUAUCAUCAUCAGCGAGCACUUCGUGAAGAACACGGGCCUCGCGAUGGGCAUCAACUACGCCGGCAUCACCGCAGCCCUUUUUGUGUUCCCAAAGCUGCUCGAAUACCUUGUGGCUGGAUAUGGACUGCAUGGCGCUCUUCUUAUAUGUGGUGCCAUCACUAUGAAUGGACUAGCGUUUAGCUUACUCACCCGCAGGCCAGGUUGCCGGACUGUUGCCGUCGAUGAGUCUCAAGUUUUUGCUCAUGUUCCUCCGAAAAAAAUUGAAAACGAAAGGAACAACAAGCUAUCCGACGCAUUCACAGUGUUCAAGAGCCCGAUGUUUUAUCUUAUAAUGUACAGUUUCAACGCUUACUGCAUGUCGUAUGACUUGUACAUGUCUUUGUUUGUUGACUUUGCCUGUGAUAGAGGAGUAACGGUGUCGACUGCUCUUACCGUAAUGGCUGCUGGAGCUGUCUCCGAGGGUGUUGGGAGGUUCUUGCUACCGAUCGCCGUCGACCGGAGUUUGUUAAAGAACAAUGUCGCUCUUACGUUCACACUGAGUGCGGAGGCCGUGGCGUUCUUUCUGCUUCCUUUCCUACGCAACAACGGACCCAUCUUCGCCGUGGCCGUUGCGAUUGGCUUCAUCAUCGGCACUGCUAUAGUUCUCUUCCCGGUGACCCUGGUGCACUACUUCGGCCAUGAGAAGAUGUCGGUAGCUUUCGGCAUCAUCGUCGCAUCGGCCGGAUUGCAAUCAUUUGUACGGCCGUUAUUGAUAAGCCACUUCAGGGACAACGGGGGCGCUUACGACUGGCUCUUCGUAAUCUGUGGAGUUGUCAACGUGGUUGCGGCCGCUCUUUGGAUUGUAGUUUUGGCACUGGAGAGAAGUAGGAAAAAGAUCCUUGUUCUUGUUGAAAAAAAAUCCAACAGGCGCCAUUGAUGCUACAAAUUACACCAAAUAAAGCAACUAGAACACCUAAUGCGAUAUAACGAACGGCGCUAUUUAUAU